AUGAUGAAGGUAAAAAUUAAGAAUCACAGUCUGGUUAAAAGAUGUUUCUACUUGCUCAUCAUAUGCUUUUUCCCAAUCCUUCUCGCUGCUGGUGAUCCAAUCUCAAUCCGAAAUGUCAAAUGCCCAUUUGAUUAUCUGUACCAUUUUGGAGAUGGGGCCACCGACACCGGAAACUCCAUUAGACGUCAGCCAUUCGGCCCUUUCUUGCCUGCCGCACAUUUGCCUUACGGUAGAACUUUUCGUGGUCAACCUACUGGUCGUUGGUCAAAUGGUCGUGUCGAAUUUGACUAUACAGCUUCAUAUUUAGGCCUGACCAAUAAUGUACCAUAUUUGGCAAUUAAUAAUCGCGGAACAAACGACAGUGGAGUCAUCUUUGCAGUGGCGAGAAGCCCAGUGCUCGAUACUUCAUUCUUCACUGAAAGGAGCAUUCAAAUUCCACCUUAUGUCGUUCCUCUUAGCAAUCAACUUAUUUGGUUCAAAAAUUACCUCAAAACUAUAUGCUCAACACCCCAAGAUUGCAGAGAGAGGCUAAGAAAUUCCCUAUUAUUCAUGGGCGAUAAUGAGGCGAACGACAUCGGUUAUGCAUUAGUCCAAGGCAUAUCCAUCCAAGAAGCCUCCACUUACAUCCCAACUAUUAUCCGUGCCAUUAUAAAUGCUACAAUAGAAUUGAUCAACAUGGGCGCAAAUCGAAUAGUAAUUCCUGGAAGUGGGCCCCUUGGAUGCUACCCCUACAUGCUCACGGCCUUACCCGACACCAAUCCCUUUGCCUACGAUCUUUUUGGCUGUCUCAAGAGCGUCAAUAAUCUCAUAAUCUCCAAAAACGCAGCCCUCCAAGCCGAAAUUUUGAAGCUCACUUUGAAAUUCCCCACCACACAAAUAUUAUAUGCAGACAUAUACAAAGGCGUUACAACAGUCUUGCAACAAGAUUUUUCCUCAGGCAAACUUACGGUUACAAAAGUAUAUUUAACAGGGAACUUGACACUAAAAGCGUGUUGUGGAGUUGGCGGGAAAUAUAAUUACAGCAGCACAAGGUUUUGUGGUAGUCCAGGAGUGCCCGUUUGUCCCAAUCCGAAUCAAUAUAUCUAUUGGGAUGGCUUACAUUAUACACAAGAGGCUUAUUUUCGCUACCUUCAACCUCUCGUCUUCCCGACUCUCAUAGCGCUCAAUUGCACAUUCAUUUGA